CACUCUUGUCAAACGCAGGGCGCAGGCGAACAUCAAAAGUAGAGUCACUCGCAGCCAGCCAUAAGUGCAGAAAAUAUACAAAAGAAUUUGAAUUCAGAUCGAAAAUUCGCGAGAAUCAACAUUAUACUAUAAAAGUGAACCCGAUUAAAACGUGGACUAAAUAUUAAACAAUACGAAUUGUUUAAUAACAGUGUUUUACAAGUUUUCACGAAAGCAAGAAAUUAACUACAGAACAAAAUGAGUGCUGGUGGCAUGGGAGAGAAAAGAAAAUUGUCUACAUCGGGCGAUUCUCUAUAUCAAAUAUUGGGACUUCCUAAAACAGCUACGGCUGACGACAUUAAGAAGACUUACAGAAAAUUAGCACUUAAAUACCAUCCAGAUAAAAAUCCAAAUAAUACCGAUGCCGCCGAAAAAUUCAAGGAAGUGAAUCGCGCUCAUUCUAUAUUGAGCGAUCAGACGAAACGUAAUAUUUACGAUAAUUAUGGUUCAUUGGGUCUUUACAUUGCCGAACAAUUCGGUGAGGAGAAUGUGAACGCCUACUUUGUGGUGACAUCGCCGGCGGUGAAGGCACUUGUUAUUUGCUGCACUAUUUUGACUGGCUGUUGCUGCUGCUGCUGCUGUUGUUGUUGCUGCAACUUCUGUUGUGGCAAAUUCAAGCCACCAGCGAACGAGUCACACGAUCAGUAUGCACAUUUGAAUCGUGGCGAAGGGGAUAGAGAGCCUAGUGAUAAUUCAACAAAUAGGAUACAGUCCACAGCGCAUAAUGAGGACGCCGAUUUGGAUGAUGUAAAUUUGGGCGGCGGUUCCAAUAAUCAACCAACCGGCUUGGGCAGCAGCGGUAUACCGUUCGCGAUGCCACCGCCACCACAAGCCGCCGGCGCCACUGGCGUGAAUCCAUUCACGGGCGCACCAGUUGCUGCUGCAACAGAGAAUACAUCGCUCAACGCUACAGAACAGCCGACAUAUACGCCAGAUAUGGUACACCAAAAAUAUUAGACGCAUUCAGCAACAAAAACAAAACAAUCAGUUAUCAGAAAUAAUUUGCGCAAAUCAAGCUUCAUAACAGCUGACGUCCAUCAACUUUACACAUUCAA